AUGAAACAACAACGACGAUUCAAAUUCCAUCAAAAAAAUAAAAUUGAUAAUGAUGAAAGUAUUUAUAUUGAUUUAGAUCUCAAAUGCAGUUGCCCACAAUCGAAAUUAAAUACAAAUGCAUCUAUUCAAUUUUCUCGCCGUUAUCUUCAAUGUCAAAGUUCAAUGCCUAUUGCCAUUCUUCGAUCAUAUAUACAACAAAUUUUACCACAUUCUUCCAUCACACAAGUAUCAUUCUAUGACUCAAAUGAUCGAUUAUUACAAGAUUCACAUCUUCUAUCUUCAUUAAAAUCAUCUACAACAUCAUCAUCUUUACAUAUUCCUAUUCGCUUUACAUUAUUUAAUACUAUCACAUCACUCGCUCAUUGUUCAUGUUCAUCACCAUCAUCUACACCGUUUAUUCAACAACAACAACAAUCAUGUUCUCCAACAAUCAUUCAACGUCAAACAAUCGAUCAAACACUUUCCACUUGUUCAUUAAUUCAAACAACAUCAUCUUCAACUUAUUCUCCUUGUUUAUCAUCAUCUUCUCCAGAUGAAUCAUUACCAACAUCCUCCAAUUCUAUAUCAAUAGUUAAUCUUCUAACUCCACCACCUACAUCAUCACCAUCAUCUCAUUCGUCUCAUUCAUCAUUUAUGGUUGAAACUCUCGUUGAUUCAAAUCAUUUAAUGAAUGAUGAAAGAAUCAUCAAUGAAAUCACAUCACAAUUUGGUGAAAUAUGUCCACCGUUGCCUAAGAAAAGUCGAAAUCGUUUAUCGAAAAAAGUGAUUUCAACAUAUCCAUCGAAUGCUCCUCUUGAUCUAAGUAUUAAAAAACGUCCGUCAUCGUCAUCAUCAUUUACUUUAUUUUCAUCGCAACCGAAAUGGAUUAAAACUUAA